GAUAUUGAAAAUGAAAGUGUGCAUAAGAUGCCUUUCACAAGGCACAAUUCCUAGCUUUCUACGUAAAAGUACAUGUAUCAGAGGUGUAUCAUGUGUCACACAGUCAUAUUUAUAUCCGUCUAGGAGAUGGUUUGGUCAGCCUGCAGCUCAGACACACCCACAUUUGAUCAAGGAAGGGGAAGUAACUCCAGGUAUCACGAAAGAAGAAUACAGAAACAGAAGACAUCUUCUUAGUUCUCUUGCUCUUCAAACUGAAAAAAGUAGAAAUCAUAUCAUGUUGGUUCCAUCAGCAACAAAACAAUAUAUGAGUCAAAAAAUACCAUAUCCUUUCCACCAGAACACUGAUUUCCUGUAUUUAUGUGGAUUCAUGGAACCAGAUAGUUUAUUAGUUAUGCAGUUUGAUAAUUCUGAAUCUUCCAAUACAACCCUUUUUGUACCCAAACGGAACAUUGAAGAAGAAAAAUGGGAUGGUCCACGGUCUGGUAUUGAAGGAACAAUACAAUUGACUGGAGUUGACAGAGCAUUUAACAAUACAGAGAUUGAGGGAUAUUUAUCUAGAUACUUGUGUGAUAAUUCUGAUUUUGUUUUGUGGUAUAAUGAGAAGGCUAUAGUUAAUCGUAGUCUCCAAGAAGGUGUACUGAAAAAAUUUGUAAGGGAAGAUAAACAUUAUAAAAAUGAAAAUGUUAUAACAGUAUUACAGGCUUUGAAAGUCUUGAAAUCAUCAACUGAAAUUGAAAUAAUGAGGAAAAGUUGUGCCAUUGCCGCUGAGUCCUUCAUAGAAGUCAUGAAAUACUCAUAUCCAGGGGUGAAUGAACAUUACUUGUAUGCAAAGAUGGACUAUGAAUGCAGAAUAAGAGAUGCUGAAAUCUUAGCAUAUCCUCCAGUGGUAGCAGGAGGAAAUAGAGCUAACACCAUUCAUUAUAUCAAUAAUAACAAGAUAGUAGAAGAUGGUGAUCUUGUGUUGAUGGAUGCUGGCUGUGAAUACCAUGGAUACUGUAGUGAUAUCACUAGGACUUGGCCUGUUUCAGGAAAAUUCACAGAUGAACAGAGAUGUAUAUAUGACAUUGUACUAAGGAUUCAGAAGAAAUGCUUGGAAUGUUGUGUACCAGGGCAGACUAUGAAUCAAAUUUAUGUUUAUAUGUUAGACUUGAUGGGAAAAGAAUUACAAAAGAUUGGUGUUAUUCCUCAAAAUUGUUCUAAUAUGAUUGAGGCAGCUAAGCCAUUUUGUCCACAUCAUGUCAGCCAUUAUCUUGGUAUGGAUUUACACGACACUGAUCAUGUGACAACAAACCAACAGCUACAAUCAGGCAUGGUUAUUACAAUAGAGCCAGGAAUAUACCUCCCUGAAGAUAGUUAUAACAUUCCAUCAGAAUUCCGUGGCAUGGGAAUCAGAAUUGAGGACAAUGUCUUGAUAACGUCAUCUAAACCUGAGGUUUUAUCCUCUGGUGCUCCUAAAGAACCUGAAGAAAUAGAAAAGAUUAUGGCACAGUAGUCAUGUGACAGAUUGUUAGGAGUUUAGCCUUGAGUCUUUCAUUGUCUUUUCUUUAUAUAGAUUUUGAAAAAAAUCUUGAUAUUAAAUUGAAUAAACGGUGACAUGUUUUAGAUGGAAAAAUAUGUUUUAUCUACCGUAGUUUUUAUAAAAUGAAGACAUUUUUCCUUAUCUAGUGACAAAAUGCGUAAAUUCUGCACAUAUUUUGUUAUAUAAUUAUAAAAAAAUAGAAAAUCUUCAAGUUUAAUGGUUUCAAAACAUUUGAAAAAAAUCAUUUCAGAUAACCAUAUAAAAUACCUCAUAUUAUGAAAUACAGUGAUCAUUUCCUUCCUGUAGAUAACAUAACAGUAACAAAAUCAAAAUUAUUUUUAUUAAUUUUUUUCUUUGUAUUUAUAUCAUUUCGUAAUCCAAAAAGUAGUUUUUCUUUCUUUUCAACAUAUUCAAGUUAGAGGUAUAUAUUUAAAACUCUUUGUAAUGGCCCUUAAAAAACUGUAAAUUCUACAGCGAAUUAUCAAUCAGUAACGUUUAUCAACUUUAUCUUGUAAUGUAUUUUGUAACAUUUUUUCUACAAUUGUAAAUAUCAUAGGAAUUUAUUGUGAAUUUUAUGUAUUGAUAUUGUUAUUGUUUUUAAUCCAAUCUCUGAAUAAAGUGAUUUUUAUAGGA